GAGACGGUGCUGUUGCCCUUUUCUAAUUAGCCCAAACCAACUGCCAUUUCACUCCAGCUAACAGUAGGGCCGGCUUUGCCCAGAGGUCCCCUUAGCUUGGUGGCCCAGCCCGGGUGGGAGCAAGGCUAGGGCCAAACCCCUCUGGGCUGUAACUCGAGCGGCGAGGGGUUAUUUUAAAAAGAGGAACCAGAGAGGCUUGCAGAGCAGAGCAACUAGAUUGUUGAUGUUUCCGGGUAUAGAUAAACAAAGGGAGGAGGAGGAGGAGGAGGAUGUCACAGACAGGCAGCGAUAGCGAGAUAAGGGAGCGAGCCGCGCUCGUCAAAGGUCACGUUGCACCGACCCGGGGAGGCUGCCUGGGCGUCCUGGGACCUGCCAGUCACAGACGCGGCCAGAGUGCCGGACCGCGGAGAAGCCGGCGCGACCCCCGAGGCCGCGAGUUCCCUUGCCGGGCUAGCUAGCAGCUGACCGCCCGUAGCGCUCCCUCUGCAACAGGUGUCUGCGGAGGUCGGGUGGGGGUGGGGGCGGACAUUCCGGCCCCUUUGCAGCCCCGGGAGAGGAGGAGGCGGCGGGGCGCAUUCGUGCCCUGCCCGGUCUCUGCCCGUCGAGCCAUGAGCGGCCUGGAGGAAGAUCCAGAGUUUGAUUUCGAUUUCCUCUUCGAGUUUAACCAGAGCAACGAGGCUGCCGGCGGCAAAGAACAUUAUAACUAUGCAUCUUCAAAUAUAAAUUCAACUUUGCCUCUAAAUGUGGCACAUUCUUCACUGCCAACUCCAUGUCACGGCCUUCAAACAUCUAUUCCAGUCAUUCCAAAUGUCUCAUCAGCUAAUCAUCUUUCAGGUUAUGGAGGGCAUGCUGACAAUAGCACUGCUGGAUAUUAUUUGCCUCCAAGUGUCAGACCUAAUGGAGUGCCAGCAUUAGAAAGUCCUAGAAUUGAAAUAACCACCUACUUAGGACUGCAUCAAAACAACAAUCAGUUCUUCCAUGAAGCUGAGAUUGAUGAAUCCACCCAAAACACAAAGAGAUCGCCUUCUACCGCUACUUUGAAUUUACCAAACAUUGAGGCUUACAGGGACCCAUCUUGUCUGAGCCCUGCCAGUAGCCUGUCUUCCAGAAGUUGUAAUUCAGAAGCAUCUUCCUAUGAAUCAAAUUAUUCCUAUCCUUAUACUUCACCCCAGACAUCUCCUUGGCAAUCGCCCUGCGUAUCGCCCAAGACCAAUGAAACUGAGGAGAGGUAUCAGCGAAGCUUAGUUCCCUGCACACUCCUUAAUUCACCCCGACAUUCUCCUUCCACGUCUCCCAGAACAAGUAUUACUGAAGAAAACUGGCUGAGCUCUCGCAACUCUAGACCAUCAUCUCCCUGUAAUAAGAGAAAAUACAGUUUGAAUGGCAGACAGACAUCCUACUCUCCACAUCACUCCCCAACUCCGUCUCCCCAGAAUUCUCCAAGGGUUAGUGUGACUGAUGAGACAUGGUUGGGAAACACUAACCAAUAUACCAGUUCAGCCAUUGUCGCAGCAAUCAAUGCCCUCACUACUGACAGCACAAUAGAUAUGAAUGAUGGAAUUCCUAUCAAGUCUAGGAAAACUGCAAUAGAUCACACUCCCUCCAUAGCACUCAAGACUGAGCCUAGUGGAGAUGAUCAGGGGACCAUAUCACCGAUUACCGAUUUAUCACCAGAAGAAUUUCCUGGGUUCCAGCACAUCAGGAAAGGAAGCUUCUGUGAUCAGUAUCUUUCAGUUCCGCAGCAUCCCUAUCAGUGGGCCAAAUCAAAGCCUUUGUCCCCAACAUCAUACAUGAGCCCAUCUCUGCCUGCCUUGGAUUGGCAGUUGCCAUCUCACUCAGGACCUUAUGAACUUCAGAUUGAAGUGCAGCCGAAGUCCCAUCACCGAGCCCAUUAUGAGACGGAAGGCAGUCGAGGAGCUGUCAAGGCGUCUGCUGGGGGACAUCCAGUGGUGCAGCUACAUGGUUACUUAGAAAGUGAACCACUCACGCUACAGCUGUUCAUUGGGACUGCAGAUGACCGCCUGCUGCGGCCCCAUGCCUUCUACCAAGUUCAUCGGAUUACAGGGAAGACUGUUUCCACAACCAGCCAUGAAACCAUACUUUCCAACACCAAAGUCUUGGAAAUUCCACUUUUACCUGAAAACAACAUGAAAGCAAUUAUUGACUGUGCUGGAAUACUGAAACUUAGAAAUUCAGACAUUGAACUGAGAAAAGGAGAAACUGACAUUGGGAGGAAAAAUACACGAGUUCGGCUGGUCUUCCGUGUUCAUAUCCCUCAACCUAAUGGGAGAACUCUUUCUUUGCAAGUGUCUUCCAACCCUAUUGAAUGUUCCCAAAGAUCUGCUCAGGAACUGCCUCUGGUUGAAAAGCAGAGCGCUGAUAGCUGUCAUGUGAUGGGUGGGAAGAAAAUUAUUCUGAGCGGACACAACUUUCUUCAAGAUUCUAAAGUGAUAUUUGUGGAGAAGGCUCCAGAUGGUCAUCAUGUGUGGGAAAUGGAAGCCAAAACUGACAAAGAGUUGUGUAAGCCAACUUUAUUAGUUGUUGAGAUUCCACCAUUCCGCAAUCAGAGAAUUACAAGUCCUGUUCAAGUCAAUUUCUAUGUUUGUAAUGGAAAGAGAAAGAGAAGCCAGUACCAACUUUUCACCUAUCUUCCUGCUAAUGUUCCAAUUAUAAAAACAGAACCCACUGAUGAUUACGAGUCUGCUCAAACCUGUGGACCAAGGAGCCAUGGAUUAAGCCCUCUCUCCAAACCGUAUUACAGCCAGCAGAUCAUGAUGCCUCCUGAUCCUGGCUCGUGCCUUGUAACUGGCUUCGCUUCCUGUCAGCAGAGAAACACUGUGAUGUCAUCAUCUCCCAACUCUAGUCCUAAGCUGCACGAUCUUUCCUCUCCUGCUUACAAGUGCAUCACCAACCCAGGCCAUAAUCAUCUAGGACUUCAGCAGACGGCUGGAGGUGUCCCCACCAUACAGGAAGUGCCAAGGUCUAUUGUUGUGCACCCAAGCUCUCCUGAUCAGUCAUCUCACAUCAUGCUGCAGCCGCAGGUGAGUCAACAUCUGAGCAGUACCUGUUCCCUUGGUAAUCAACAAACACUCUAUCCCAACAGUCCUUCCUCUCCAGUUCCAUCUGUAACCCAAGAGUCAACCUAUUUGCAGUCCUGCAGUCCAACUCACUCAACUGUAAUGGGCCAACAGCAGCUGCCGAACAUUCAAAGAAAUGAAACUCCAGCAAAUCAGCCACUGUCAUUGACCGACUUGCAUGAGGACAGUAAUCAUAAUUUGGCCCCUAUGCCCGUAAUGAUCAAGCAAGAACCUGAAGAAUUGGACCAGUUAUACCUGGAUGAUGUAAAUGAGAUAAUAAGGAAUGAUCUUUCCAGCACCCAUGUCCACUGACAAAUGGUCAGCUAGAAGUUUAGCUGAGAUAUCCACAUCAAAUAAUUGGAAGAUAAUCCCCGGUACCAUUCUAGUCUUCCAUUUUGUUGACUGUUUGGAGCUGACAAUUACCUCUUCUCUUUGUCUAUGCAUAUAUAUAUAUAAAGGAACUGGUUGACUUCAGCUAAGAAAUGCCUCCUUCUAAAAAUCAUCUCAAGGAAAAUGGAGGAAAUGAAUACAGUGUGGAGUAUUUUUAUGGUUAAAAUAGGAAAUGUGAUAAAACUGAUAACCAAUCUCAAAAACUGAUUUUGUUUCUUUCGGGCUCUACUGGACAACAACCCUGGAAGUGCCUUAUUUUGUUCGUUUGUGGCAUCAGGGAAUUGUAUUGGCAGUGUUUAAUUCGUUGCCAUCCAAAGUGUUUCUCAGCACAGAAACUGUGUCAAUUGGUAUAGAUAGAGCAGUGUUUCCCAAACUUGACAAUUUUAAGGCAUGUGGACUUCAACUCCCAGAAUUCCACAGCCAGCAACGCUG